CAGUGGCAUUGAUAUAGUCAUGUCUACGGCAGAGGCCUCUACUUCUGCGACUCGCAAAGAGUUCAGCAGCGAAGACUACACGAUCGGCAUAAUAUGUGCCUUACCGACAGAGCUGGCUGCGGCUACGGAAAUGCUAGACCACGAGUACCCACGCCUUGCACAGAAGCCAGGCGACAAUAACUAUUACGAGUUUGGUCGGAUCGGAGAUCACAAUGUCAUCAUCGGUACUCUACCUUCUGGAAGUAGCGGUCUUGUUUCGGCUGCUGGCGUUGCCUUGAAUAUGAAGUCUAGUUUCCGCAACAUUCGCAUGGGCUUGAUGGUCGGUAUAGGAGGUGGUGUGCCAAGCAAUGAGCACGACGUUCGGCUGGGAGACGUCGUUGUAAGCAAACCAGCGGGACAGCACGGAGGUGUUGUUCAGUAUGAUAUUGGGAAAACUCUUCCAAAUGGNGGGUUUGAGCGUACAAGAUCGCUGAAUCGGCCGCCAACAGCUCUUCUCACUACCCUUGCUGGUAUCAGCGCGCUUCAAAAGAGGAACAAGCUCAAAAUAGCAGACCGACUGAAACAUUUGGCCGAAAAUCUACCCGACUACGGAUUUCCUUCAGAGCUCACUGAUGAUCUGUAUGAACCAAAUCAUCAACACCAAGGGGGAUUUAGUUGUUCUGAUUGCGGUUCGGAAAACUUGGUUCCACGUACGAACAGGCGAAACAGACAACUGCCUGUCAUUCAUUAUGGCACAAUCGCUUCUGGCAAUCGGGUCAUGAAAGAUGCAACCGAAAGAGACAAGAUAAGCAAGGACUUGGGCGGUGUGCUCUGCUUCGAGAUGGAGGCUGCCGGUCUGAUGGACGAAUUCCCAUGUCUUGUUAUACGUGGUAUCUCGGACUACUCCGACUCGCACAAAAACGAUGGCUGGCAAGACUAUGCAGCGGCUACCGCUGCCGCAUUUGCCAAGGAACUUCUCUACCACCUUGCUUCUGUGGAAGUAGAACAGACGAAGACUAUCAGCGAGGCCAUGGGCGACCUGUCCUUACAGCUGGCCAAGAACACAACCGUUACCCAGCAAACAGAGGAGAAGAUUGAUCAGAUACUUGAGUGGAUAUCACCCUCGUCGAAUUUCUCAAAGAUUCAAAAUGAGAUCAGACCUUGUCGCGUAACGGGUACGGGGGAUUGGCUGGUACAAGAUCUCGAAGGUCUAGACUGGUAUCGUUCUGGCGGCUCAAGAAUCAUCGAUCAUUUGAUCCAGAGAUGCAAGUCAAGAGUUGGUAGUCGCGUUGCUUACUGGUAUUUUCAAUUCAGUAGCGCGCGGACGCAGGACAUAUCUUGCAUGCUUCGCUCCGUUCUCAGACAGCUGGUCCCUUCGCCUCUACCAGAAAAGCUACAAAAUCUGUGGGUGCAUCACCAUCGAUACGGGACCGAACCGUCUCAUAGUGAGCUUCUGGACACAAUCAAAUAUCUUAUCGCUCUUCAUGAAGAUGUCUUCAUGGUCUUUGAUGCACUGGACGAGUAUCCUGAGCAUACAUCACCUGGACGAUCGACCUUGCUCGAGACUAUCACACGAUUAUCGACCAUAUACCCGAAACGUCCACACCUCGUUGUGACAAGCAGGAGAGAACCAGACAUCCGAAAAGCUCUACAAUCUUUGGUCUGUUCCUCGAUGGCCGUGGAUCAAUUCUUGGANAAAGACGUAGAGAAGUUCGUAAAUCAUGCUCUCAGCCAUGACUUGAUCAAGCGAUGGGGUGUGGAACUAAUGUCACUCGCCGCGCAUAAACUGCUCGACUCUGGGGAGAGUGCAUCAACUCGCUUACGCACGUGUCCGACUGCUGAAGACUUUCGAGACGCGCUGAAUACCAUUCCCAAAUCACUUGAAGAGACAUACCAUCGAGCACUGGAAACGGUGCCCAAAACACAUCAAAAACGUGUUCGACGCGUACUAAUAUGGUUGGCUUCAUCCUUUCGAGAACUGACAUCUUCUGAGGUUGCUGCGGUAAUUGCAUUCCCAUUUGUGGAAGACGUCUUGAGGAUAUGUACCAGUGUUCUAGUAACGGUCAUCGAUGGAGAUACUCGAGAAGUUAUCAAGCUCGCCCAUUUUACAGUCAAAGAAUUUUUGAUCGUCCGGGAGGGCUUUGGGAUGAGUCUCCAUUGGUACAGAUUCACCGCCCAAUUGGCGAAUCGCUGUGUCACUGCGCAGACAAUUAACUCUGUCUUUGGAUCUCCUCCGGCCGGGUCAAAAUAUAUACUCGGGUAUGCAAGCCAGUUCUGGCCGGCUCACGCAAGAAAGUUUACUGCCAUCCCUAGCUCAGCCGAUCACGACGAAUUGCAGUCAAGAAUAAACUCCCUUUUCGAAAUUAACAAUCGUAAGCAUCUCCUGAGGUGGUUAAACAUACAACACCCCUACGAGGCCUCUUUAUCACUAAGCAUCUCGUUAUCUCUGCAGCCUUUAUACUAUGCUUCGUUACUUGGGCUCCAAAAANNCAGCGUGAUGCACUUCUGGAAGAGUUGUUCACAGCUUGUUCAACAAGAAGGAUUUUAUGGAAACGCACUCGACGCCGCUGCUUGCAUGGGCCAUGCAGAAGUCGUCAUUUGGCUGGCUGAUCACCUCGAGAGCCCAUCCAGCUAUUGCAAUCUCCCUCGGAUCGCACAAUAUCUUCGUUUCAACCUGCUUCAGACUCUUCGCGCGUUACAUCACAAAGGACAGAAGUCUAGAAUCAGCUCAGAGGUUGUGCACGCUAUGACGGUGAACCCUAUGGGCGAGGAAGUUUUGAAGAUCUUGCUUGACGAGGACCUGGCUUCAAUCCGCAUUACUGAAGAGCUCGUUCACGCCGCAGCACACAACAGAUGGAGUCGUAAGGUUCUGGAAUUCCUCGUGAAAAGCCACGCUCACCAGUUUCCUGUCAGCCUUCGCGCACUGCUUACUGUUGCAGGAACAUCCCUAACUGCUCUUCAGAUGCUUCUCAAUCAGCGAGGAAGAAAUGUGUGUUUCACCGCACAAGAUUAUCAGGAACUGGCACAAGAGAGGUCAUCCUCUACGGUCCAUAAGUUAUUGGAUUCAGGCAUAACCAUACCCAUCACGACAGAGCUUAUCAGAACUCUUGGUGGAUCACCCUGCGGAUCUCCAAUCUUGAAGCUCCUUCUGGAUACACAAACCAUCGAGCGUCCUCUGACCAAAUCGAACGUACUCACUGUGGCGGAAGCAUUCGAUCUCGAGACUUUCCAAUCACUUCUCAAACACGAAUGGGAAGAUAAUACCUUGAACGCUGAACUCAUCCUUGCUAUUGCCUUCAACUGUUAUCUCGAACCACCGGUCAGAGCCAGGGUCUCCAAACGAGACCUUCGCGCUGACGGUUUCGUGCAUCGGUACUACCGUCCUUCAAUCAUGCAGUCCUCGUUGGAGCGCAGCACUCAAGCCCUAAUAUCGCUGAUGGACAAGAAGGAUCUUAAGAUUAGCCUCACUCGGGAUAUUAUCACUGCGAUCACAGAACAAUUCACGAAGCAUGUCAUGUUGCACCUCAUAAACACACUUGCCGGAGCUCCCGUCUGUGGGCUGGACACAUAUAUGUGUGACAACGAUCAAUUUUCAUUUCUGCUGAGGCAACACGGGCGAACUAUCGGCGUCUCUCACGGGAUCUUGAGAACUUUGGAAGAGAGCUAUAAGCUCAUGUGGCACUGGCCCCUUACUGUGCACGACCUUCUCGCCGUCCGCAAGGCGAGUGAGUCAUGGAUAGACACUACCGUUCCGAUCAAGGACCGUGGCGCAGCAGAGCUGCUAGGACUCAGAUCCUUGCCUCAGGUGCUUAGAGGGCUCAAAUAUUCUCACUCAGAGUACGACGAUAUGUUUACUGUUCACAUCGUACAAGGAUGGAGAGUGUUUGAUGACACACUGAACGAACUAGAAGAUCACUGGUCCGACUAUCCCUCCAAUGUCAUUAUUCAUCCUACAAUACCAGUGAUCCCAGCUUGGACAGGUUACUCGAGCGAACCGAACGAGAGACUGGCCCCUAUUCCACAGACCCUCCCAUAC